AAUCACGUUACCGCCAUUUCCUCCAUCCUUCUAGCGAACUCCGGACCAAUAGAAUCGCUUGUUCUAGAGAAUUCCACGAAUCAGAAAGUAGCAUAUAAAAACCCGUGUAUUUAGGCACGUCGGCCAUUUGAAAGUUGACGACGAGUUAAUAAACAUCAGUGACGUGUAUUUCGAGACCAAAACAAAAUAUUGUGACUAUAAAACUAAACAUUGUAUACAGAAAGUGGUGUUAUAGCAGUGCUACAAGUUAGACAAUCUUGUGUAAAGUUUUGUAAACUCUACCACGAUGGUGUCCAAUCGCAGCAGAUACGUUUCCGAAAGUACAACAGAUGACGAAACUGGAGACAUGGAUUACAGAGAUACUGGAGACAGGGAUUACAUCCCGAAUAACACUAAUAAUCAGAAAGUCAAGACCAGAAAGCCGACCAGAGUCCCCAAAUGUUUUUCCAAGAAUGCCCUGAUGGCCAGGGAAAACAGGCUCAAAAAGAAAAUGUACAUCUCCGAGUUGGAAGGACAAGUAGCUGCCUUGAAACACGACAACAAAAAGUUAAAUGGCGUCGUGGAAAAGCAAGCUCGAAUGAUUAAUGACUUCACGAGAGAAAUAAAAUAUCUGAAAAGUGUUAUAUCCAACAGUGAGGACAUUCGAAAGUUAAUACGUAACAUUAAUGUUUCUACUGGUCUGGCUGUCUCAACAUCAAUAGACAACCAGUUAGCUGACAGCACAACUAAGGCAUCUAGUCCAUUGUACAAACAAGUUGUACCAGAUGUUGAAUUUUCAAACAACGCCAAAGGGGAUACACUAAAGUUCGACCUGAAAAAACAUCCCUGGGAGGAACAGGACCCUUCGUAUGUCAACUAUCCAACUCCAGACUCAACAUAUUCCUACUAUGGAAGUCCUGAGUUUGAAGAACUAAAGAACGAUGGGUUAUUGUUAGACGACAUGGAUUUACCUUUAGAAAUGGAUAGUGAUGAAUUACUGAAUAUGAUUGAUGAAAAGGCCCUAGAAUCACCUAGCAUUUCAACAGAUGAUUAUAGUAACUAUCACAGCCCUAUCAAAUCAGAAUAUAGUAGUGCAAUUGAAAAUGAUGAUAGUGAUGUUGGUGUUUGCCUUCAUGUUUCAAAAAAUAAAGUUUCAUUGGAAUUUUGCCCCACAUGUUGUGAUAAUGCCAAAGAAGGUUGGAAAUCAAAGUGAAACUCUCGAAAAGAAAAAUUUUUCUGAAUGGAAAGUGACCACAGUAGUGGCAAGAUUAAGAUUUGUUUCUCACCUGAAACCACUACUUACUUGACCGAAAGUCAAUAGAAAGAUCUCAUAAAGGAAGUGUUCUUUAAAUUUUAAUUCUCAUAAUAGCUAGCUCUAAUUUGAAGUAUUAAAGUAACAAAGUGAUUAUACACUUUGUUUUUUACUAUUUCUCUUGUAUAUACAGCGAGAUUAUUUUAAUCUUUUUAGGAUCAUGCCACUGACAUGGAUUAAUUUUUUGGGAAAGUUUAUUUUGAAUUUAAAAGUUAAAAAAUGGUGUGAAAAGAUAUUUCGAAAGGUAUACAUAUACAGCCUUUCCCAAUACCUUCUUCAGAUCAAUAACAGCCGUAUUAAAAAAUGGAAAAAAUGCUUUUAUGGAAUGAGUUGUUUAAGAUUUAAUGGGCUGUGGAACAUAUCUAUAUUGUUCUAAAAGCAUCAUUUCAAUUGAUAAACUGUCUGCCUUAAAAAAGACUGAAACAAAAACAGUUUACCUUUGCAAUGGUACUACUACUACUGGACUUAUUUGUUCCUGGUUAAUUUUAUUUCUAAGUAUUUAUAUUAAAUAGAUUUCUUUUCUUGAGUUUCAGCAUUUUUGGUGAAAAUAGUAAGGAAGAAGUACAAAGUGUGAAUGGGGCCCCAUUUAUUUUAUAUAAUAUAUAAGUGAUAUUAUUGUAUAUAAUUUUUUUACUGUUUAUUAUUAGAGAAUUGAGCAAUAUAUGUAUAUUCUAG